AUUCAUAAAAUCGUCGUCAUGACGUCGUCCACGCGGAAGAAGAAAAGUGUGACGACGUAAAGCCAUAUUUAAAAAAAAAAAAAAGAAAAGUAAAAAAAGUGACGUAAAACCAAAGAUGGCGGCUCCCCUCUCCACGAUGAAAUUUUGGAAGCCGGGCUCCGAGGCUCCGGGGAUCUCAGAGGAGCGGGAGCUCAACACGGAGACCACCGGCUCCCCCAUCAUCUUCAACCCGCACACAGCCCUCUCCAUAGAGAAGCAGCGGCAGAAACUCCCCGUGUUCAAGCACAGAAACAACAUCUUAUACUUGGUGGAGAGCUUCCAGACUGUCAUUAUAGUUGGUGAGACAGGAUGUGGGAAGACAACGCAGUUACCUCAGUACCUGCUGGAGGCUGGCUGGGCCACGGAGGGGAAGGUGAUUGGAGUGACACAGCCUCGGCGUGUGGCUGCUAUCUCUGUAGCUAACCGUGUAGCAGAGGAGCGGGGGGCCCUGGUGGGACACGAAGUGGGCUACACCAUCCGAUUUGAUGACUGCUCUGAUCCCCACGCCACGAGGAUUAAGUUUCUUACAGACGGCAUGCUGGUGCGGGAGAUGAUGGCUGAUCCCCUUUUGAAAAAAUACAGUGUGUUGAUGCUGGAUGAAGCACAUGAGAGAACCCUGUAUACAGACAUAGCCAUUGGUCUACUAAAGAAGAUUCAGAAAAAGCGGCGAGACCUUCGGCUGAUUGUGGCCUCUGCCACUCUGGAUGCCAAGAAAUUCCAUGACUUCUUCAACCUGAACGAGUCCGGCGAUCCCAACAAGGACACGUGUGGAAUUCUGACGGUAGAGGGACGCACCUUUCCAGUGGACGUCUUCUACACCGUCAGUCCUGUGCCAGACUACGUGAAGGCCACAGUGGAGACGGUGCUGAAGAUCCAUGAGACAGAGGAUGACGGAGAUGUCCUGGCUUUUCUCACUGGGCAGGAAGAGGUGGAGAAGGUGGUGUCCCUUCUGCAGGAACAGGCCAGGACUCUGUCCCGAUACGGCAUGAAGAAACACCUGAAAAUCUUACCCAUGUACUCCGGUCUACCUUACGCUGAGCAGAUGAAGGUCUUUGAGAGGAUGCCCUCCUCUGUUCGCAAGGUUGUGGUGGCCACUAACGUAGCUGAGACCUCCAUCACUAUAAAUGGAGUUGUAUUUGUCAUCGACUGUGCAUUUGUGAAGCUGCGAGCGUACAACCCUCGCACUGCCAUCGAAUCGCUGGUGGUUACUCCCAUCUCCAAGGCCUCAGCCAGCCAGAGGGCUGGGAGAGCCGGACGUAACCGACCUGGGAAGUGCUUUAGACUGUACACAGAGGAGGACUUUGAGAAACUGCCUGCUUCUACUGUGCCAGAGAUGCAGCGCAGCAAUUUGGCCCCUGUCAUCCUGCAGCUCAAAGCGUUAGGCAUCGACAACGUGCUGCGGUUCAGCUUCCUUUCUCCUCCUCCAGCUCAGACCAUGGUUCAGGCUCUGGAGCUGCUCUACGCUCUGGGAGGUCUGGACCAUUACGGACGUUUGACUGAUCCCAUGGGCGUGCGGAUGGCAGAGUUUCCUCUCAGCCCCAUGUUUGCCAAGAUGCUCCUCGAGUCAGGAAACUUCGGCUGCUCCAAAGAGAUUGUCACCAUUGCGGCAAUGAUGCAGAUUCAGAAUAUAUUUGUUGUGCCGCCCAAUCAGAAGAAAGCUGCCGCCCGAGAGCACAGGAAAUUUGCAGUUGCGGAGGGAGACCACCUCACCAUGCUGAAUGUGUAUGAAGCAUUCAUUAAGCACCAGAAGAGCUCCCAGUGGUGUCAGGAACACUUCCUCAAUUAUAAAGGUCUGCUCCGGGCUGUGACAGUACGAGAGCAGCUCCGGCGUCUCAUGAACAAGUUUAAGGUGCCGCGGACUUCAAGUGAAGGUGACCCUGAUGUGAUCUUGAAGUGCAUUGUAUAUGGGUUUUUCGCUAAUGCAGCCCGCAUUCACCAUUCUGGUUCCUACCGGACUUUACGAGACGAUCGUGAACUUCACAUCCAUCCCAACUCUGUGCUGUUUGGAGAGAAACCUCCAAAAUGGGUUGUUUUCAAUGAGGUGGUGCAGACGGCAAAAUACUACAUGCGAGAUGUGACUGCCGUUGAGUCGACCUGGUUGGUCGAGUUGGCCCCGCACUUUUACAAGCAGGCUAAGCACGGUUCACUGGCUAGCAAGAGGUCCCGGGUCCUCUGAAUCUUACCAUCCUUUCAUCAUGUUAAGUUUGUUACCAUCAACAUCAUCUACCAGGUGUUCAGAAAAAUGGCAGAUUAUUUGUGAUUUCCAUUCCAGCAUUGACUGUACUUUCGUUUUUUAUUUGAACUUUAUGAUUUUCUUCAGAGGUAUUUGGAAGCACCAGUGAGCAGUAUAUUAAAGGUUUGUCAUUUGCUUUCAAACCAGCAAGGUCACUGUCACCAAAUUCUCACUUCUGCCUGCAUGGUUUUUUUGUAGAUCUUGAGGUUACUACUGUAGGUAGAUUCAGUGAAACUGUAACCAAACCACAGAACAACACGCCAUACCGUAGAUAAGUACACCAAAUCAAAUUAGAUGGAUAUACAAAUGAAGUACCUUUGCAUGUUAAAUGGUACUCUGAUGUAGACUAUACACUUAAGAUCACCUUGUAGGACUUAUUGCAAAUGAUGAUGGUUUGUGCUGAUACUGAAUAUGUAUGCAGCCAAAGCAGUAAUCUGUAGACCUUUGUAAUUGCUCACCUCUGAGAUAAAAACUGUCACCUGUCAUUUCUUCCUCACAUCCUCAAAUAAAGCCUUAUUGUCAUGCAC